AUGAGGAAUAUAUUGUCCCUUUAAAACAUUAUUACAGUUAAAUUAUUUUUAUUCAAAAGGAAAUAUCUAAUAAAUAUUGGUCUUAAAAUCCAUUAUUACUAUACUGUAAUCUAGUACAACAGUUAGAUAUAAUAAAGAAUUAUUCAAAUGAUUAAAUAUAAAUUUUAAACUAUAACCUAGAUUAAAAAAUUAAAAUCAAUACUAAAGUGUUAAUUUCAAGAAACAACACAAUUUACAUAAAUAUUUGGAAACAAAAAAUACUUUAAGUAGAGACUAAUUUUCCUUUUAAAAAUUAAACUAUUAAUCAAUAAAUAUUAAAAAUAUAAUUUAUGA